CGAUAUAGUCACCUUUCCUUCGGCUUGGAUUUCCCAUUCGAACAGCCUGGUGCAGGGCUACGAGACGUCUAUGAUAAAUGUACUGGCGGCGAUAUGAUGAGACAUGAGUCGACCCCAGCCCAGUUGUCAGACUAGGCAACAUGGACGGACAAAUUUUGGAAGCAGGGACAUUCACAGAAAAGUCAAUGACCGCGCGGUCUUUCCUUCUUAUUGCAGUCUUGAGUGUCUGUGACGCUGGAUGUACUACGCUAAUGUGUGUCCAGGCGCUCGCACCGGCGGCGUCUGGUGUGUACGACUUGUUCUGUCGCCCGAGGGAGCGCACAGGAACUCUGUGGCGACGGCAAGCAAUUAGGAGUGUGAGUGGCAGAUUCGUCUCGCUUGCAUAUAGUCUGCCACGCAGGACUCGAACCAGUCGUACGCGUCUCGCUUGCAUGUAGUCUGCCACGCAGGACUCGAACCAGUCGUACGCGUCUCGCUUGCAUAGUCUGCCACGCAGGACUCGAACCAGUCG